AUGCAGCGUCAAACCUUUCCUCAGCCAACCGCAAAGAGCCCCGAGCUGUUUCACCCUCGACCUCAACACAUAUCCCAGGUACCUCACUUAAGGUCACCCCCAUUGCCAAACCAACCUCAGACACAGCCACAGAUUAACAGCUAUGGCAAUCCAUAUGGAUCUCCUCCACUUCAGCAACCUGGGGCAGAUCCUGCUUACGGUGCCAACUUCUUCAGCGGAUACAUGAAUGAUCCUACAGCACAAAUGGCUUCACAAUUCGGCAAGAGUGCAGUGAUGCAAGGAUCGCAAUAUAUUGAGCAGAAUGUGCAACGAUAUGUCUCCGUUUCCGCCCUCAAGCACUAUUUUAAUGUCUCUAACUCAUACGUUGUCCGUAAACUGAUGCUCGUCCUGCUUCCCUGGAGACACAGACCCUGGACACGGCAACAUGCACGCGGUUCUGCAGCUGAAGGUGGCUCUCAGCAAGUCUCGAACAUGUACCUUCCACCACGAGAUGACAUCAAUUCUCCAGACAUGUAUAUUCCUAUCAUGUCCUUGAUAACAUACAUUCUCUUGUCUACUGUUUUAGCUGGUAUCCGAGGGACCUUUUCACCUGAGUUGCUAGGAAGUAUAUCCACCACUUGUCUCGUGGUCAUUGUGGUCGAGAUUAUUGUGCUGCGGGUAGCUAUCUACCUGCUCAACAUCACGAAUGAGUCCCAACUACUCGACCUUGCUGCAUAUGCUGGCUACAAAUUUGUCGGGGUUAUCGUGACUUUGUUUGUAUCUGAGAUCGUGACAGCUGGAAGAGGAACGAACAACUGGGUCGGAUGGUCUGUGUUUCUGUACACCUGGAUGGCCAAUUCUUUCUUCUUGCUGCGGUCUCUCAAGUACGUCCUUUUACCCGAUUCAUCGAAUGAUCCUUCGUUAAGAGGUGGUGCGAAUUAUACCGUGGCUCGUUCUCAGAAAAACAUGCGCACUUACUUCCUCUUUACAUAUGCCUACAUCUUUCAGCUCGUGUUCAUGUGGGCACUGAGCAGAGAGGACGGUAUUGGCGCCAACGUUCUCCCAAAAGCAAGCACUUGA